AUGUCCGUCGCCACACAGAAGCGCAAACGCUGCGCGGACGAGCAGGCCGACCCAGCCCUCACAGCACCAUCCAAAAAGCUCAAAACAUCAACAACAUGCGCCCCGGCCAUCACCGGAAAGCCUACAAGUAGCAGUCGCAACACACCCAGUUCAAAGUCCACGCUCAUCCCCUGCGGCCCCCGCAAAAAAGCCACCCUCGGCGUCAAAGACUCAUCCCUCCUCCUCAUGCUCUGCGACAGCAGCACCACCCCGCACAAAACAACCGAACUCCACUUCCGCAAGAUCCCGCACUCCCUCAUCGACUGGCACAACCCCCAGCACAUCUCCCAGAUAAACGCCUGGCGCAACCAAAUCUACGGGCGCGCUGGCCUAAAAGCCCGUUCCGUGAGCCUCUGGUACGAAGCCGAGGAACUCUGGUUCGAGCUCUACUUCCAGCUUUCCAUUGUCGAGGCGCGAAAGCGCGGGAUCAUGCUUCCGGGGAACAGGCAGGUGCGCGACGCGUUUAAUAAGACGUUUGUGGGGAGGGUCAUUAAGGGGAGGGGUGGAGAGGAUUUGGAGCCGAGGGUGGAGAGGGAGGGGAAUGCGUUUGCGUCGAAGUUCAAUCGUAUGUUUCCGGCGUUGAGGGCGAGGUUGAAUGGGUGUGUUUUGGGGAGGUCGGGGGAUGUGUUUGUGCCGGUUAUUACGUUUGGGAUGGUGGAGAGGUAUAGGGUGAUGAAGGGGAAGUUGGCGGAGAGGGGGAUUGAGGCUGAGUCUGAGUAUGCGGAUGGGCUGGAGGAGUGGCAGUGGUUUCUGUCGCAUCUGCCAGAUGUUGAGAUGGAGGCUGUGGUCAAGGAGGAAGAGGAGGCCAGAGAGAUGGAAGCGAAAGAGUAUGAUGCUGUUGCUGCUUUGGUCAGCCUUGCCAACUCGCCGGUUGACUCUAGGUGUGACUAG